GGUCCGCCAUGCUGCCGGCGCUGCGGCGGUGCCGCCCGCGGGCCGCCCUGGGGCUCGGUCCCGGUCCCGGUCCCGGUCCCGGUCCCGGUCCGUUCCCCGGGGCCGCCGCCUGGCUCGUCCCGGCGCGGGGCCGCAAGAGCCGCCACGACCCGCCCGCCAAGUCCAAGGCUUCGCGCCUCAAGGUGCCGCCGCCCGUCGACCCGGCCGAGCUGCUGGUGAUCAGCGAGCGGUACCGGCAGCACCGGCUGGUGCUCAGCGCCCUCCGGUCCGAGUUCCGGGCCGAGGCGGCGCAGCGGAAGCGCGAGGCGGCGGCGGGCGGCGAGGACGCGGAGCAGCGCGCCGCCGAGCACCGGCUCCUGAUGGCCUGGAACGACGCGGAGAACGCGCGGCAGCGGGCCCGGAGGGAGGAAAGAAUUAGGAAAGAGGAGGAGGAACGGAAGAGGCAGAAGCUGCAGGCUGCGGAGAACAAGGCCAAGCUAAUGGAGACUUUCCUGAAGGAGAAGGAGAAAGAGGUUCUCCAGUUGCAGGAGGAAGCCAAAACUUUUAUCACCCCCGAGAACUUGGACGCGCGAAUUGAAGAGUGCCUGGACAAUCCUCGCAACUACAACUUCGCCGUUGACAAAGAGGGGAGAAUCGUCAAGCGGACUGUUCUGCCGUAGCGACUCUGCUGACGGAUGUCGCUCGGCCCGGCUGGGGUUGGGAGGGGAGGUUUUGACACGUUCUUCUGGGCGGACGCUGAUGGGGCAGGCAGGAGGAGGUUUCCUCCUUCGCACGCGCAAAUCGAGCGUAGCGUUGUUGGACAGACAGCCUGCGGGUCUAGCAGUGGUUCCUGGGCUGAGAGGAUAACGCCUGCCAUUACAAAGGUAGGGGGAGAGGGAGAAAGCUGGGCUUUAAAUGAGAUCUGACUGCGUUGAUCUCCGGAGGCCUCAACGGUCCAUCUCGGUCCCUGCAGAGCGGCAGGCGGUGGAAAAGCUGUGUGAGAAGCUGCUGGUGGUCCUAUUUCUGUUGCUCAGAGAGGCUGCCCUGCAGUUUCAUUUCCUGCUCAUUUAGAUCCCUCCCGUUUUCAGGCUAAACGUACGGGGUUGAAGUGGAGUGAGAAUGAUCCCGAGGCAGAUCCUGUCUCGUAGGUCCCUGGUGUUUGUGCUCCAGAGGAAUCUAAUCCCUUUAGCUGCUUUGCCAAGCUAAAACAACCUUGAUCUCUGUUUGCCCUCUCAAAGUUGGCUCUGCCUUUCUCCCUCGACCUCUUAGCCUUUUUCUGCCCUCACUGGCUUGAGUUUGUCUUGAAUAUGGGUAACCGAAAUUGCACGCCUUUCCCAGGUGAGCUUGUACGUGAGCUUUGCUCAAUAGAGCGUUAUUCCCGUCACAGACAAUCUGACUAGUCUGACAUCUUUUCCUCUUAGGUACCCUGUGCCUGAAUAUCUCAGCUUCUAACAAAAACUGUGGUCCCCGUGCGCAUGGCAGUUAUCUCUGUGGUGUUUGUGUAUCGACUCGGUGCUUUUGAAAGAAAACAGGGUUUGAGUAGUUUUAGAGAAAAGGCCGACACUUAGCUUUGUUUUAUUGGGUGAAAUGAUUCUUCGCUUCUCUGGUCUCUGCUGUGGUGGAAGGGCCCUGUGUAUUCCCUAAACCCUCCUUUGAACAUUCACUGAAGUGAGAGAAUCAUGCAUGGAGGUCUACAGGAACCCUACUAGUUUAUAUGCAUCUACUUUUUUCCCCUCUUCAGGUGUGGUGCCUUUUUUUAAGUCAUCACCUAGGGAUUAAGUUGCAGAUAACACUGUAAUUCCUCAGGCUCGCGGCUCUUGCUGGCUCCUGUUUGGCGGCGUUGGCUGAUGCUGGCCUCGCAGGCAGACCUGUGCUCACUUGGUGCCCCCUGGAGCGGGCUGGGGGUGAGCUCGGCCCCGCGGCGCUGUGCUCGUCUCGCGCUGCGGUUUGCUGCUGUUCAGGCAGCCCGGAAGGCGGGUGGAGGGGAUGCCCACCCCUCUGCAGAAGACCGCAACUUAACGCUAGAAGCUGCGAGUCCGAGUGUGGAUUUCGCUUACUGAACCCUUUUAGCUUUCUGGGUCUUGCUCCUAAUUCCCGGUAUGUUGUUUUGUGUCAGCAGCCUCCCUCACCUAGUGAAUAAAACGCCUGCUACAGGAGAUCUACCCCAAA